GGGGCGCUCUCAGCGAUGGGCUGGGGGUCUCGGAGAGCUGGAGGGUCGCGGGCGUGGCUGCUGCUGCUGCUGCUCUUGAGGCUAACUUUGCCGGUGUGGGGGGUCAAGGCGUUUCAAGGAAACCACCCUGGAAAACCAGUCACCUUGCACUGGGUCCUGGAUGGAAGAGUCAGGCGCGAUGUCACCCUGGAGGAGCCGGUCUUGAAGCUAGACUCGGGGCUGGUGGCCUUGAAGGCUGAAGGGCAGGAGCUCCUGCUGGAGCUGGAGAAGAGCCACAGGCUGCUGGCCCCAGGAUACACAGAAACCCACUAUAACCCAGAUGGGCACCCAGUGGUGCUGGUCCCCAACCACACGGACCACUGCCUCUACCAUGGGCACGUGAGGGGCUUCCCUGACUCCCGGGUGGUCUUCAGCACCUGCUCUGGGAUGAGGGGCCUGAUCACACUGGACAGGAAUGCCAGUUACUAUGUGCAUCCUUGGUCAGCCAGAAACUCUGAGGCCUUCGUCACUCACAAGAUGUUCCAGAUCGGGCAGCUGCUUGGCUGGAAAGGGGCCUGUGGCCACAGGGAUGCCAGGAACAAAGGGGACAUGGCUAGCCUUUCUCGUGCCACUCAGGUCAAGGAGAGGCGGGAGGUCGGCAGGAGCCCAAAGUUCUUGGAGCUGUACAUUGUGGCUGACCACACGCUGUUUUUGACCCAGCACCGGAACUUGAACCACACCAAACAGCGUCUCCUGGAGGUGGCCAACUAUGUGGAUCAGAUUCUCAGGACUCUGGACAUUCAGGUGGCUCUGACCGGCCUGGAAGUGUGGACAGAGCAGGAUCAGAGCCGUGUCACGCCAGACGCCAAUGCCACGCUCUGGGCCUUCCUGCACUGGCGCCGAGGGCUGAGGGCACGGCGGCCACACGACUCCGCGCAGCUGCUCACGGGCCGCACCUUCCAGGGCGCCACCGUGGGCCUGGCGCCCAUCGAGGGCAUGUGUUGCGCGGAGAGCUCCGGAGGCGUGAGCACGGACCACUCGGAGCUUCCCAUUGGCGCAGCAGCCACCAUGGCCCACGAGAUAGGUCACAGCCUUGGCCUCAGCCACGACCCUGACGGCUGCUGUGUGGAAGCGGCGGCCGAGCAAGGCGGCUGUGUCAUGGCCGCGGCCACGGGGCGCCCAUUCCCGCGGGUGUUCAGCGCCUGCAGCCGGCGCCAGCUGCGCGCCUUCUUCCGCAAGGGGGGCGGUGCGUGCCUUUCCAACGCGCCCGACUCGGGGCUCCUCGUGCCUCGGGCGCGCUGCGGGAACGGCCUCGUGGAGGACGGCGAGGAGUGCGACUGCGGCGCCAGCCAGGAGUGCCCGGACGCCUGCUGCUUCGCCCACAACUGCUCGCUGCGCGCUGGGGCCCAGUGCACCCACGGGGACUGCUGCGCUCGCUGCCUGCUGAAGCAGGCCGGCGUGCCGUGCCGCCGAGCUGUGGGUGACUGUGACCUCCCAGAGUUUUGCACCGGCGUAUCCCCUUACUGCCCCCCGGACCUGUACCUCCUGGACGGCUCGCCCUGUGCCGGCGGCCAGGGCUACUGCUGGGAUGGCGCGUGUCCUACACUGGAGCAACAGUGCCAGCAGCUCUGGGGGCCUGGCUCCAGCCCAGCACCAGAGGCCUGUUUCCAGAUUGUGAACUCUGCGGGAGACGCCCAUGGGAACUGCGGCGAGGACAGCAAGGGUGGCUUUGUGCCUUGUGCGCAGAGGGAUGCUCAGUGCGGGAAGCUGCAGUGUCUCGGUGGGGAGCAGCGGCCACGCCCACCGCACACUGUGCCGGUGGACUCCACCAUUGGACUAGGCAGCGAUGAGGUGACCUGCAGGGGAGUCUUUGUGCUGCCCGGUGUCCAGCUGGAUGUGCUCGACUUGGGCCUGGUAGAGCCAGGCACUCAGUGUGGACCUAGCAUGGUGUGCCAGGACAGGCGCUGCCGAAACACUACCUUCUGGCAGCUUGAGCGAUGUCUGGCAGCCUGCCAUGGCCGUGGGGUUUGCAACAGUAACCAAAACUGCCACUGUGCUCCGGGCUGGGCUCCGCCCUUCUGCGACAAGCAAGGGUUUGGUGGCAGUGUGGACAGUGGCCCCAUGCAGCCUGAAGACCACAAGGCCUUCCUGCUGGCUGUGAUGCUUAGCUUUGUGUUGCCGUUGCUCCUGGGGGCUGGCCUGGCCUGGUGCUGCUUCCGGUGCCCAGGAUCCCGUCUCCUGCCAUGCCUCUGGAGCUUGAGGAGGGAUGCCGCAAGCCGAGGGCCCAAAGAUGGUCCAAACAGGGACUGCCCCCCCAGCAGUGUUCACUCCAUGGAAUUGGGCCCAGCAGUCAUUGGAGAACCCCAGCCCUUGGCACCCAGACACCCUGAGGCCCCUGUCCCCACCCUGCCCCAGGGACUCCUGCGUGUCACAAUAUGUGGCUUCCACCCAUUGCUGCAGACCUUGAGAACUCUGCCAGAGCCCAGGAGCCACCUUGAGGAGCCUUUGGCUGGGUGCCCUGCCUGCCACCCCAAGCGGGUCAAGUCCAGAAGCCGAGAUCCUGUUGCUGGUGAGAGGGAGCUCCUGAGAUGA